AACACCACUCUCUCUAUAUUCAAGUUUGUCUUUAACUCCGAUUUAGGCGCUAAAAUCGUUUUGGGUAUGAACGGAGACUAACAGAGCCCUAUUCGGGUUGACUUUUAAGUGCAACUUUUAACAUCAGCAGAGCGUCAGUGACCAGAAGCGCUUAAGAAUUAUUAUUUAAUUUUUUUCGUAAUCUGGUUGAACCUGCUUUGGUGACUAUAGGCUAUGCUACAUAAUUUCGUUAAGUGACUUCAUGGGAAAAAUCUCUUCAUUACUAUUUUAAGCGCACGCCGCCAAAGCUGCCACCCUUUUUGUACAUUUCAAAUUUAACUUUUUUCGUUUUAGAAGGGUUAUAUAUUUUGCGUUUCCUGGCACGGCAAUGGAGUCAUCAGAACCGGCUGAAAUCCGCACCAUUCGUGAGAACUAUGAGAAAGCGCUGCAGUGUCUGAACUCAGGGCUUCAGUAUGAUGAGGUGGGGAAUAAGGACCAAGCGCUUCUUCAGUACAAACUGGGCAGGCGGCAUCUUCUCAGAGGGCUGGAGGUGAACACGCACGGUGAGCGCUGCGUCGGACGCUACUGGGACUUCGCGCGACAGACGCAGCUGAGGAUGAACGAGACUCUGAGCACCAUCACUGAUCGUCUAGGGGUGCUGGAGUCCACAGCGAACUCGGGUCAGCGCCUUUAUCCGACCGUUCCUGUCCUCCAGGACCCCCAGCCAGUAGUUAUCACCAGAACACCUCUCUCAGCUUUAGGGGGGGCCUCUGCUCAUCCUGCCUCCCCUACGGCGGGCUUCACUGUACCCGCUGAACUUCCACCAGCCUACACUCCACAACCAACUGAAGGGCAUCUGUCACUCUCUCAUGGAGGCAACGGGCCAUUUCAAGCUGCUCCAAACCGGACACCUCAGCGCCAGGCGUUUGCCCCAGUCAAUCUCAGAGAGGCUGGCAUGGAGAUUUUGUUCUUGCCUAGUGGGGUGCAGAUGUUCUUCGUUUCUGCUGAGGGUCAAGUCAGCGCCCCUUCUUAUCCAGGGUUCCUACGAAUAAUCAUAUACAACAGCCAGAACAGUGGUACCGGCUAUGCCCCAGCCUACCUACAGGUUUGUGAUUGGAUCUACCCACUAUACCCAGACUCACCAGUCUUUCUUAGCAACAAAGGUGUGUUCACAUUUCCCAAUACCACCGCAGCAGUGCCAGGGUCCUAUGUUGGGGUGGUGCUGUCCUCAGAGCUGCCUGCAGCAGACAGGGAUCUGUUCCAGGAACAGCUGGCAGCUCUGGCACAACUCAGGGUCCAGGUAGAUGAAGAACAAGGUGGCGCUGCAGGAACAGAUAUUAACCUGAGUGGGAAAGUUCCUCCAUCAGAAACAUCUCUAAACCAAACACCAGGAGGGGAGGAAAAAACUGUUCCUGUGUGGAGCGAAAAAAUGUCACAGAACAUUCUAGCAGGGACUUCCUGGCUGAGUCGGGGGCUUGUGCGAGGAGCUGAAGCUACCGGUAAAGCCAUCCAAAGAGGAGCAUCUAAGCUACGAGAAAACAUCACUCCAGAGGAGACCCCAGCAGAGGUCAGCCCCAAGGUCACCAAAGGCCUAAAUGCAGCUAAGCAGGCCACUGGGGGUGCUGUGAAAGUCAGCCAGUUUCUAGUGGAUGGUGUUGCUGCUGUAGCUGAUAGAGUUGGGAAAGACCUUGCUCCACACGUAAAAAAGCACGGUAGCAAACUCAUCCCAGAAUCCCUCAAGAAAAGUAAAGACAACUGCUCCAACAUGGAUGGAGCCAAGCUAGUGGCAGGAAGCAGCUUACAAGGUUUGUCAAAUCUCUGGUCAAGUUUGGAAACAGCAGCAAAGUCCAUUGGCAAAAGUAUAACUUCAGAGACGGUGACUACUGUGAGGCACAAAUUUAGGGGUCUAGGAAGCCUCUUGGACCCCCCCUAGCAGCAUAUAAAUGGUGGCGGGUAAAAACACACUGCAUUUUCUCUGACUAAUGUCUCUGCCAAAUUCGAACCUACCCACAGUGCCUUGUUUACUGACCACUCAGUGGUUGCUGAGAAGGUGCUUAUUUUUAUUAACAGUCCCAUCAGAGUGUUUUGUGAAUUAAAACUGAGGUGAAUGCAACAUUUUAUCUGCUUACUGUGUUCUGUUCAUUUUCAGAUGUUUCACAUUAUCUCAAAAAUCCUUUAGAAUCAAUAGUCAGCAACAUAACAUGAACUUCUGUCAGGUCAUUUAGCUCAGAAUAUCUCCAUGUUUGUGAUCAGGUAUGGAGACGAGGCAGGACAAGCUGCAGACACUGCAGUCCAUUCUGCUGUCAAUGUAGGUAUCACAGCAUUUAAUGUGGACAACCUGGGCAUCAAGGGUAUAUUGAAGACCAAAGGCAAGCACACUGCAAAAGCAAUGGUGAAUGACGGUUCAGGAAGAGAAGGAACUGAGAAGAAAGAAAAGCCCCCUAAUAAAGGGCAGGAUGAGAAAAUACAAUGAAAUAUUAGCUGUCUUGAACUACCUUUUUAUCAUGUACAAUCCUGUAGUACAAAAGGCCUAGCAAUAUUUACAGAAAGAUGCACUUAAGACAAGUACAGUUUUAGUGAAAUGUUCUACCCCUGUUACUCUUAAAGAUGUUUUUUAUUUUCUUAAAGACAUUCAGAGGGUUAUUUUAUAGAAGGAAACAACAACAGGUUAUUUGAUUUGAUUUUACCUUGUUCGAAUGUUUAUUUCGGAAGUAUCAUUGACUGUUAGAUUUUGCAUUCUGCCCUCUUCAGAUGCACUACACAUGAACUUAGAUGAAAACUAAGAAUUAAUAAUACCACUGUACUCUCUUACUGUUUUUUUUUUAUUCUAAGGCUUAUGUAAAUCUUCAGUAGCCAUAAACUGAAAAACCAUAGUAACACCAUGGUACUAUUUGUAACUUCUUUUUUAGUGUAUACAUCUGCCAUGGUUGU